AACAAAGUCACAUGCCUCUGUUCCCAUUUCCAACAUGGCUUUUCUACAUUCUAGGCACCGUCUGUCUUAUGCAGUACUAUUCAUUGUCGUAUUUCUUGUAUGUGGAACUUGUGAGGCUAAAUUGAAAGGAUUUCGCAAAUGUACCAAUGUGCUAAAUUACAAUACAGAUGUCGGGGUAUCCGAUGAACAGUGGUUUGUUCAAAAACUAGAUCACUUCAACGGUGCAGACAGCCGAGAAUGGAAACAAAGGUACUUUGUGAACGACGACUUCUACAAAGCCGGUGGUCCGGUGUUUCUGAUGAUUGGAGGGGAGGGUCCUGCCAACCCUGCAUGGAUGCAGACAGGGUCCUGGCUGACAUACGCCAAGAAGUUUGGUGCUUUGUGCCUGAUGCUGGAGCACCGCUUCUACGGCAAGAGUCACCCCACAGAAGACCUGAGCACUGAGAACCUGCGCUUCCUCAGUAGCCGCCAGGCCCUGGCCGACCUCGCUCACUUCCGCACCGUCAUGGCCGCCGGGCGGGGGCUGGACAACAGGAAGUGGGUGGCGUUCGGGGGCUCGUACCCGGGAUCGCUGGCCGCCUGGUUCCGACUGAAGUACCCUCACCUAGUUCAUGCUGCUGUUGCUACCAGUGCACCUGUCCACGCCACCAUCAACUUCCCAGAGUAUCUGGAGGUAGUAAGGCGCUCUCUAGCCUCUGAAAGUCCACAGUGCCCCCUGCUGGUGAAGAAGGCAUCUGACACUCUGAUGGAUCUUCUCAAAGACCCCUUCAACUUCUCCAACAUCACCAAAGACUUCAAUCUGUGUUCCAAGCUGCAGGUCCAGUCGGACAUGGACUCGGCCUACCUUCUGGAGACACUCGCAGGGAAUUUCAUGGACGUGGUCCAGUACAACGAGGACAAUAGAGAAUUUGAGGGUGUGGUGGGCACCAACAUCACCAUCGAGGUGCUGUGUGGCGUGAUGGCGGACGCCUCACUGGGUGAACCCUACGCCAGGUACGCUGCCGUGGCCCGGCUCCUCAUGGACACCUUCUCCAUGAAGUGCCUCGACGCCAGCUACGCCAACAACCUGAGGGACAUGAGCAACACCUCCUGGAGUGGACCUGCGGCCGGCGGAGGGAGACAGUGGGUGUAUCAGACCUGUACUGAGUUUGGGUUCUACCAGAGCACAGAUUCCCCCGACCAGCCAUUUGGUGGAUUUCCACUCCCGUACCAUGUCAAACAGUGUAGCGACUACUACAGCGUGAGUGCCCAGACUCUCGGAGACGCCGUAGCGCAGACCAACGAGUACUACGGAGGCUACGACAUCCACUCCUCCAGGAUCGUCUUCCCCAACGGCUCCAUCGACCCCUGGCACGCUCUGGGGAUCACCCGCGACAUCUCCGAUGACCUGCCCGCCAUCUUUAUCAAGGGGACGGCCCACUGCGCAAACAUGUACCCUGCCAGGAGUCAGGACCCUCCUCAACUGACCCUGGCCCGGGACCAUGUCCUCAUGCUUCUUCAAAGUUGGCUUAGUGACGGACAAUUACGCUGAUUUAAUCAGAGGCCUUGGAAAACAGUUUGGAUCACCUCUGUGUUCAAUCAGUGACAUUGGAGUGAAGCUAAUCAAUUUGCCCAAGCACUGAUGUCUCGAUUUCUCCAGAAAAAGGCACUUUAACCACUUUUAAAUGAGUAUGCUGUAAUAAUAGCUUUUUGUCAAUAAGAAAUAAUAAAGAUUUUUCCUUACAGAAAUACA